CACAGUGACCCCGCGAGGAGGCGCGGGAGGAGGGCCCCCGCCGGCGGCCCCUGGGCCGGCCCCCACGUGCUCCCAGCGCCAGGCUCCUCUGGUGGGGGCCGCCCUGAACCUCCAGCCAGGGGCUCCUGGAUCCUGGCCGGCCCCCCAAACCAGCUGCACAGGGCCAGGGGGCGUGUCCAGGGCUCCGGCCCCAUGACACCCUGUGCCCUUCCCCAGGUCCCCGGCCCCAACAUGGCCCGUCGCUCCCAGAGCUCCUCGCAGGGGGACAACCCGCUGGCGCCCGGGUACCUGCCGCCGCACUACAAAGAGUACUAUCGCUUGGCGGUGGACGCCCUGGCCGAGGGCGGGCCGGAGGCCUACAGCCGGUUCCUGGCGUCCGAGGGGGCGCCCGCCUUCCUGUGCCCGGAGGAGCUGGAGCACGUGGGCCGCCACCUGCGGCCCCCACAGCACGUGGCCCGAGAGCCCCCGGAAGGCAGCCCGCCCACGGUGGACUUCGACGGCUCCUCGGGCACCUACUGGCCCAUGAACUCAGACCAGGCGGUGCCAGAGCUGGACCUGGGCUGGCCCCUCACCUUUGGCUUCCAGGGCACUGAGGUCACCACGCUGGUGCAGCCCCCGCCGCCCGACAGCCCCAGCAUCAAGGACGAGGCCCGGAGGAUGAUCCGCGCGGCCCAGCAGGUGGUGGCCGUGGUGAUGGACAUGUUCACCGAUGUGGACCUGCUAGGGGAGGUGCUGGAGGCCGCUGCCCGGCGAGUCCCAGUCUACAUCCUGCUGGACGAGAUGAACGCACAGCACUUCCUGGACAUGGCUGACAAGUGCCGCGUUAACCUGCACCACGUGGAUUUCCUGCGGGUGCGCACCGUGGCGGGCCCCACCUACUACUGCCGCACAGGGAAGUCCUUCAAGGGCCACGUGAAGGAGAAGUUCCUCCUGGUGGACUGCGCCGUGGUCAUGAGUGGGAGCUACAGCUUCAUGUGGUCCUUUGAGAAGAUCCACCGCAGCCUGGCGCACGUGUUCCAGGGCGAGCUGGUGUCCAGCUUUGACGAGGAGUUCCGCAUCCUCUUCGCACAGUCCGAGCCUCUGGUGCCCUCGGCUGGGGCACUGGCCCGCGUGGACACCUAUGCCCUGGCUCCGUACCUGGGGGCCGGGCCGCUCACGAGCAGCCAGAUGCCGGGGGCCCCCACCCCAUUUUCCUUCCCCAAGCGAGCGCACCUCCUGUUCCCUCCGCCCCGGGAAGAGGGCCUGGGCUUCCCCUCCUUCCUGGACCCCGACCGCCACUUCCUGUCUGCCUUCCGGCGGGAGGAGCCGCUGCGGAUGCCCGGGGGUGCGCUGGAGCCGCACGCGGGGCUGCGGCCACUGUCACGGCGGCUGGACGGGGAGGCCGGGCCAGGCGGGGAGAUGGCCGGCCAGCGGGGCUUCUUCCAGGCGAGGCACCUGGAGAUGGACGCCUUCAAGCGGCACAGCUACGCCGCGGCAGAUGGCGGCGCGGCCGUGGAGAACUUCGCGGCCACCCGGCAGGUGUCGCGGCAGACGUUCCUCAGCCACGGGGACGACUUUCGCUUCCAGACCAGCCACUUCCACCGCGACCAGCUCUACCAGCAGCACUACCAGUGGGACCCGCAGCUGGCCCCCCUGCGGCCGCAGGGCCUGUUCGAGAAGCUGCGCGCCGGCCACGCCGGCCUCCCCGCGGACCCCGACGACUUCGCCCUGGGGGCGGGGCCUCGCUUCCCCGAGCUCGGCCUGGACGGGCACCAGCGGCUGGACUACGUGCCGUCCAGCGCCUCCCGCGAGGUGCGCCACGGCUCAGACCCUCCUGUUGGACCUGGGUCUGGGUCUGGGCCUCGAGGCCUCGACCCCGGGGGAGCCUCGCGCCCCAACCUAGCUCAGCGUUUCCCUUGUCAGGCAGUGGGGAAGCCGACCCCGGAGGCCCCGGCGGACCCCGACCCCGAGCGCAGGGCCGGGCCCGAGGGGGGCGGCGGCGAGGGCCCCGAGCGCGAGGGCCCGGAGGAGGCCGGCGCAGCCAAGCAGGGCUCUUUCCGCUCGCGCCUGAACCCGCUGAUCCAGCGCAGCUCCCGCCUGCGCUCCUCGCUCAUCUUCAGCUCCUCGCAGGCCGAGGGCGCCGGCGGGGCGGCCGCCGAGAAAGUGCAGCUGCUGCACAAGGAGCAGACGGUCAGCGAAGCGCUGGGCCCCGGGGGUGAGGCCGUGCGCACCUCCGCCUCCGCCAAGGUGGCCGAACUCCUGGAGAAGUACAGGGACCCGGGCGGCCCCGCGGCGGCCGCCGCCGCCUCCCGCCACAGCAAGGCCGUGGUGGGCCAGGCCUGGCGGGAGGAGGUGGGGCCGGGCGGGGAGCGCCGCAGCCUGGAGAGCUGCCUGCUGGACCUGCGCGACUCCUUCGCGCAGCGGCUGCACCAGGAGGCCGAGCGGCAGCCCGGGGCUGCCACGCUCACCGCCACGCAGCUGCUGGACACGCUGGGGCGCGGCGGCACCGACCGGCCCUCCUCCCGCUUCCUCUCUGGCCAGGGCCGCGCCGGCUCCCCGCCAAGGCGCGACAGCCCCCCACCGCCGCUGCCGGAGGCUGACGGAGGGCACCAGGCACCGCACACUGAGCCCAGAGGGAGCCCCAGCCCCGGGGCCCCGCGCCUGGCCGCCACGGCCAACGCGCUGUACAGCAGCAACCUGCGGGACGACACGAAGGCCAUCCUGGAGCAGAUCAGCGCGCACGGGCAGAAGCACCGCGCGCCCGCGCCCGCGCCCGCCCACAGCAGCCCCGAGCUGGGCCGCGCCCCCGCCGCGGGCGGCCUGGCCCCCGACAUGUCCGACAAGGACAAGUGCUCGGCCAUCUUCCGCUCGGACAGCCUGGGCGCGCAGGGCCGGCUGAGCCGCACGCUGCCCGCCAGCGCCGAGGAGCGCGAGCGCCUGCUGCGCCGCAUGGAGAGCAUGCGCAAGGAGAAGCGCGUCUACAGCCGCUUCGAGGUCUUCUGCAAGAAGGAGGAGGCGGCCGGCGCCGAGGGCCCGGCCGAGGAGGACCCCAGGGACAGCAAGGUGGGCAAGUUCAUGCCCAAGAUCCUGGGGACGCUGAAGAAGAAGUGAGUGCGCUGCCGCGCGGCGCCUCCCCCCUCCCGCCGCAGCCCCACUGGCGGGCCGCAGGGUGCCUCAGCCCUGGGCCCUCGUUCACUCGGGCCCCUCCGUGCCUCCCCCACCACCUGCGGGGGUCCCCCUCCGUGCCUCCCCCACCACCUGCGGGGGUCCC